AUGCGUCUAUGCUCAUAAAAUAUUUCUUCAAUAUGGGAAAUAUCACUUUCAGCAUAUUUUAAAUUGUAAACAAACUAAAUCCGCGGCACAUUCCUAAUCUCCCGGCGCAUUCUUUGAAUUCCUUCGAUAGAUCCUCCAGAUCUCCAGGCAAGUAGUCGGUGCAACCAUCUGACACAACGUCAACGGUGUUACCGUUGUUUAACGUGCAGCUCCCACUUCUACAGUGUUUUGUGUCCUUCCGUAUGGAGCACAAAACAUAUACACUGCUGCCGCCAUUUUUUCUGCAUUCUUACAGUGUUGUCAGGUUGUGUCCGGCAACACCGCACUGUUUCCCAUUCCCCAUAUGAGUUGACUCGUGUUGACUCCCCGUGGGCCGUGGGUCACGGUCACAUCACAUCACUUUCUGUCAAUACCUUGCUUUCUCUGUUCUCAGAUAUUUGAGUGCCGUGUCACUGUGAAAUUUGAUCUUUUCACAAUUUUUGUGUUCAGUUUCUGGUGUGGUGUUUAUUUUGGGUUUUCCAGUAAUUUCUAAUUUUUUUAAAGCAAAUAAUGUGACUGAAAUUUUGAUUACUCAGAGUAAGGUCAAUUUCCAAUUUAAAUCCAUAACAAUGGCUAAGUCCAGUUACAGCAAGGUGGAUGAGUAUGGCUUUGAACGUUCAGAAAAUUUCAACUAUGAAUCAUAUGAUGCAUUUAUGUCAGAUUAUAUGAGAGUUCUGACUCGGAGAGCUCAAAGAUGGAAUGCAUUAGAGAACAAUAUUUUUAGAAAUACAUCUGUCCUAAAGAGAUUUAUCAGAAAAGGAAUACCUAUAGAUCGACGAACAGAUGUAUGGAUGAGAAUAUCUGGAGCUGAUAAAAUAAAACAAAAUAGCCAAUAUUCAUAUAGUUAUAUGAAAAAACAAAUCCACAAUAAAGCCAUCAUUGAAACUAUUAAGAUUGAUUUACCACGUACAUUUCCAGAUAAUAUAUAUUUUAUUAGCAAUGAAGCAUUACCAGAAAUGCUAUUUGGAGUUUUAGCUACAUUUGCACACCAAAAUAAAGAAGUAGGUUACUGCCAAGGGCUUAAUUAUAUUACAGGUUUACUACUACUAGCAACCAAAGAUGAAGAGUCCUCAUUUUGGUUACUUAAAGCUAUAGUUGACCAAAUUCUACCUCAAUAUUACAUAAGUACAAUGACUGGUUUAUUGACUGACCUUGAUGUACUAGAUGACCUCAUAAGUAAAUAUGAGCCUGUAGUUUCUAGACACAUAAAAGCCAUAGGCAUGCCAUGGGCAAUGGGAACCACAAAGUGGUUCAUAUGCAUAUUUGCAGAAGUAUUGCCGACUGAAACAGUGUACAGGAUUUGGGAUUGUCUAUUCUAUGAAGGAUCUAAAAUUAUUUUUAGGGUAGCUAUUACACUCAUCAGACUGCACAAACCAGAAAUUUUGGGAGCUACAGAGCUUGGUGAACUAAUGAUGUGCUUCAAAGCAAUGAGAAGUAGUGAGGCUGUGAUAGAUUGCCAUCAAUUUAUGAAAGAUGUGUUCAAGCUCUCUGGGAACUUAUCUAAAAAUUCCAUCCAGAAAUUAAGAGAAAAGUAUAAAAAGUAAUGCACCUGAUCAAGGCAAAUGAUCUAUUUAUUUAUAUAUAAUUAUAAAUAUUAUAAAGAAAUUUAUAUACAGCUUUAUACAUUUAUCUAGUCUUAUUGUUUACUGUUUUACAAAUAAAAUUUGUAAAAUAAUUUGUUCA